ACCAUGCAGAUCAACGCUAUCUUCGCGACUCUAUUCGCUGCUUCGGCCUCAGGCGCUGCUAUCAAGUCGAGAUACGCAACCGGAUUCACCGUUACCAACUUUUCGGCGUCAUGCAUUCCUCAUAGCGUUAUGUGCAGUUACGAAUUCUAUACUAUUACCGACCCGGAGACAGCAUCGCCUUCUGGUAAUCCUACGCCAGCAAAAUGCAGCCUCAUGCUCCAGGGGCCUGACGUCCUACCGACCGUCGGCUGGACCGGUUGCGCGGAGAAAGGAGCGUACUCGUGGGCCGUGGAUAAGUUCGAGGACGGGCUGAAGCUGCGCGUGACCACGCCCCAGGAUUCGCACGGCAACUACACCGGCGUGUACGAGAUCACCACGGACCAGCUCGUCAUGGAGCAGCACGGCGCGUCCAUCUCCCAGCGGUACACGGGCCCGGCCGAGUUCACCAUGGCUCUUGGGGUUUAAGGCGGGAAAGUUAGGUAGUUCGUAAAUUUAUGAUUGUGGUGGGGGUGGGUGAGUGAGUGAGUGAGUAUAGAACUAACCGGGUAGCGAUACCUUGAAGAAGAGGGAAUUUAGCGUUUUGGAAAGUAGAAAUCUGUGGUUGAAGCAUACAAGUUUAUAAAUCUGUACGGGAUGUAUAUGAGAAGCAACGUAACGAUACCCAGUUAAAUCAUACUACUUUUUUACAAA